AGCCAUGUAAAUAGAGAUUCAAAAGAAGAUAAACAAUGUUAACUGAAAAGUUGAAAGAAACCCUGUUUUAAAGGGUGUAAUACAUCACGGGCAUUUAAAAUGAGUUGACCUUUUCCAGGAGGUCAUUAAAUGUUCGGGACGCGAUGAGGUCAGAUCACUGAAAGAACUUCAGUCUAAGCUUUCAAUCGAGGGGGAAAAGAAUGAAACACGUUUGAAUUUGGGGAAGGGGGGAGGGAGGCGUGCGUAUUGUCUCUGGGAGCAAAGCGCUUAGUUAGUCGGCAGCACGGAGGGAGGGAGUACACUGAGGGAGGGAAAGAGGUAGAAGGAAGAAAGGAGGCAUCGCAUGUCAACACCGCACACUUCUGGAACGAACGAGGAUGAGCAACAAUUUUGGAAAUUGCAUUAUAGCGUUGGACUUGAAUUAACAGAACUCAAAACUGAAGAACGUAGCUCUGGGCUGAACUUCAAUCACAACCUUGUGCGUUUGACGUUGCACUUCUGGUGCAAAGAUAAGCUACAAGAUAAACGUCUGGGAUGUCUGUCUUUUAAAAACAAAAAAAUAUUAACUUUCAAUUGGGUGCAGUUGCACACUGGCUGUGUUAGUAAUUGGUGUUUUAAACUUCUGUAUUGCAUUAAUUUUUUCUUAGCAUUGAAACUAGCUGGCUUUCAAGAAAACGCAGCCCAUCUAAACACUUCCUGCAAAAUCCGAAAAGUUAUAUUGCGCUCUUACUAGCAAAUCUGCGUCAGCACAGAGAAUCUGAAGACUGUGAAGAUUUCGUGUCGUAGGUGGAGGAAACGACAUGUAGCAAGGUAGACCUAACUGGCUUUGGAUACAUUGGUGAACAACAGAGCUCGAAAGUAUUGCCUACUUUCACUGCUUUUAGUUUUAUCGUUGUAUAGGUCACGGAAAAAUCCUUUAACGGAACUAUAGCAUACUUUUGGGAAAUAUAUAGGCUACGUCAGUCAGAUGUUAAUUUGUUAGUCAAGGACACCCAUUAAGACUGGAAGUCAAAUACGUUCGAGGGGAUAUUUAAUUGUACUACACGGGUAAUGUGUACGGAAAACCACAGGUAUAGGUUAGGUUAAGCUAGGCUACUAUUGAAUAAUAGGCUAGUGAAACGAGUCGGUCCUUGGGCUGCGUGUCCAUGUUUACGCUUUGAAUGUAUUUUUCCUAAAUGAAAAGUGAUUUCCAUCAAUUCCUCUGCUAUGCCAAGGGUUGACACAGGCGGCACAAUCUUCGCAUUAGUAGAUAUUUAUUUGGUGACAUCAAAUUAACUUUUGAAGGAAUUGACGGUAGAUAAGUAUACACCUUUUCACGCGGGAAGCAUUUUUGUACAUAAAUAUACCAAUAUAAUUCGGAGCGACUAUCGACAGUGAUAUAUGGGAAUAAGGAGACAGAAGAAUAGAAGAUAGUGCCAUUUAUCAAUGGACUGACAACCUGCGUUGAUUGCCUCGGAAAAGUGCCUGAAGCAAGGUGGGGAGAUGUGCGAGGGAGUGUGAGCGACGGCCAUGGGAUUGGACAGACUCCGGCUUCUGUGUGUGACAGCCGCCGCCGCCCUCUGUCUGCUGCGUACCUCCCAGGGUUCCGAGUCGUUGGUUCGUGCCAGAGUCGGGGGCGCAGCGGAGCUGGGUUGCAGCCUCGCCCCGCCCUCUUCGGGCGCCACCACGCCCCGCCUCUUCCCCCUGCACGUGGUGGAGUGGGUGCGCCUGGGCUACAACGUCCCCAUCCUCAUCAAAUUUGGAGUGUACAGCCCCCGCGUGCACCCCAGCUACAGGGGCCGGGUGUCUCUGACUCGGGGUGCCUCUCUGCUGGUGGAGGGGCUACGCCUGGAUGACGAGGGCUGGUUCGAGUGCCGCAUCCUCCUGCUGGACAGGACCACGGACGAGUUCCGCAACGGCACCUGGACCUUCCUCUCCAUCACAGCACCACCAGUGUUUUUCAAAACUCCACCCCCGUUCCUGGAGGCCCUGCAAGGCAGCGCUGUGUCUCUUACCUGUGGUGCUCAUGGGAACCCCCAACCAACUGUGACCUGGCAAAAAGAUGAUGCCCCUAUUGAAAAACAAGACAAUGUGAAGGUGCUCAAUGGCACCUUGUCCUUAGCCACGGUGACCAGGGAAAUGGGAGGAAUGUACAAAUGUCACGCCUCAAACUCGGAGGGGAAUCUGUCGCACUCCACACAGCUUCUGAUCAAAGGCCCUCCAAUCAUCAUCAUUCCCCCGGAGGAUGUCACGCUCAACAUGUCUCAGGAUGGCAUUCUGCAGUGCCAGGCUGAAGCCUACCCCACCAACCUAACAUAUAUGUGGCAGAAGCAAGGAGAGAAUGUGCACCACAUUGAGUCUCUCAAAACCCGUGUAAAGAUCCUAGUUGAUGGUACCCUCCUCAUACCUCGCCUUCUCCCUGAGGAUGCUGGGAACUAUACCUGUAUGCCCACCAAUGGGCUGCUGACUCCACCCACUGCCUCAGCCUACCUCACUGUGAAGCACCCUGCUCAGGUGGUGCGAAUGCCCCGGGAGACCUACCUUCCAACAGGCAUGGGGGGUGUCAUCACCUGUCCAGUGAGAGCUGAACCCCCCAUGCUCUUUGUUAACUGGACCAAAGAUGGGGACAACCUGGACCUCAACAUGUUCCCUGGUUGGAUGGUGAACUCAGAGGGCUCUGUGUUCAUAGCAACAGCCAAUGAUGACGCAGUGGGCAUGUACACCUGCACUGCCUAUAACAGUUAUGGAACAAUGGGCCAAUCAGAGCCCACUAAGGUGGUUCUGGAGGACCCCCCCUCAUUCCAGGUCUCCCCCCGUGCUGAGUACCUCCAGGAGGUGGGCCGAGAUCUGGUCAUCCCCUGUCAGGGUCGUGGAGACCCCUCUCCCAAUGUCACCUGGAGCAAGGUCGGUCUCCUGCCUCGCUCUCCAUAUACUGUGGCUGCCAAUGGCUCCCUGGUGUUGCGGCCACUCAAGAAAGACCACCAGGGGGCAUGGGAGUGCCACGUCACCAACCGAGUGGCUACCAUCAGCACCAGCACUAUCGUCUUAGUACUGGGUACCAGUCCCCAUGCUGUUUCCUCUGUGUCAGUCAUCCCAGAGAUGAACCAGGCUAAUGUUUCCUGGGAGCCUGGCUUUGAUGGGGGGUACACCCAAAAAUUCAGCGUUUGGCUGAGGCAGGCUUCCAGGGGAAAACACGAGUGGACAUCCCUGCUCGUACCUACCUCCAAGUCCCACCUGCUAGUGACUGGGCUGCUCCCGGGAACCAGCUACCAGUUCAGCAUCUUACCCCAGAACAAACUGGGCUCAGGACCCUUUAGUGAAAUCACUACUAUCAGAACACUGGUUCCCCCAACAGAUCCGCCUAUGAUUGUAACAACGAUACCUAAACUGGCCCCACCAUCAUCGCUAUCUGCCAAUAGGAGCUCAGAGGGGAUUGUGCUGACAUGGGAACUGCCCCUGUCUAAGUCUCCGCCCAUCACUGCCUUUGUGCUCCAAGCACGCCGUGAAAGGGGGGAGUGGUCAAUUCUCAAUGGGGCCAUUGGGGCCAACAAAACUGAGAUACUGGUGGAAGGAUUACUAAAGGACACUGUCUAUGAGCUACGGAUGCUGUCUCGCAGAAACAGGCUGGUCAGUGAGCCUAGUGAGUCAGUCAACAUCUCCACAGCAGGCAUGGAAGUAUAUCCAGUUCGAACAAGCCUCUUGGAGUUUGUCCCUGAGCCGCUAUUGGCUGGUGUGGUGGGUGGAGUGUGUUUCCUGUUUGUGGCCAUCAUCCUCUCCCUGUUGACGGCCUGUAUCAUGAGCCACAGGAGAGACCAGCGGCGCAGGAAAAGGAGGGAUGAUCUCCCCACUGCCCUCCAGAAGAGCCCACCUACGGAAGCUGGCUCGCCUACUGACAGCCCCGACAGUGUCCUGAAACUGAAGCUGUGCCCACCCCUGUCCUUCUUCCCCAACUCUUCAUCCUCCCAGUCGGACCGCUCCUCCUUCGACAAGGCCAGCCGCAGUGAAUAUCAGGACCAGCGGCGGCAGCUCCUGUCCAGCUCCUCACCCCCACCCCACUACACCCUCUUUGAGAGCCACCUCGGGGGCACGUCUUCCCCAACCUCUGCCUUGGAGUCCAUCUCCCGGGGGCCCGACGGGCGCUUCAUUGUCCAGCCUUACGACAAGAGCUCCACCCCCAGCAACAUCAAGAUAAGCUUAAAGAAGGACUUCCCACAGUGUUCAGCAGGGGGCGACAGCAGCACAGGCAGCAGCAGAGCGUCUUACAGGGGCUCUCCAAAAUCGGAUUCCCUAGACUCCGAAAGUGCAGAGAAGAAGAACCCCUCCCCAGUCCUCACAGUAGACCUGCCCGGCCCCAGCAAAAUCUCACAUUCUCCCGGGCGGGUCAAGGCGAUGGCCAGGAACUUUUCCCGUCAUGGCUGCUUCUACUCAGAUGAUGAGCAGGGCUGCUCUGAGGCUCUGCUAGAGAGGGCCAGCUUCUACUCUGACAGCAGCGAGAAGAGGGACUAUGACCCUUUGAAGAAGUACCGCAUGUCUGUCCACCCAGAAGGCGUGUUCCCUAGCCUUAACCGAAAAACAAGGGAGGCGGAGAGAGAGAGGCUCCAACCCAGCUUGGAGAGUGAGAGUCAGCUGACCAACACCAGCACCCUGGUGUCCCAGAUGGAACAUGAGCGAGAGAGGGACAACCUGAGCAAGUGCCUGCAGCUGGCACGGGAGCGAGAAGAGAUGGAGAGGGAACUGGAGCGAUAUACCGCCAGCCAGAGGGUGCGAGAAGCAGAUACAACAGGAAGUAGGAGGGAGCGGAAGGCCCAGGCUGAGGAGCCCAUUUGGAAGCUGCAAGAUGUCACCCUUCGUCAAAAAGCCCAUCAUAUCAGUGGUCAGGCUCAGCGGAUGUCCGACUACAGGAGAGGCUGCUACUUCGGAAACACCAGUAGCCCCAUGGGAAGGACCUCUUCCUCCUCUUACAUCCAUUGGGAUAUUAGCCCUGUCACAUCUGUAACCAGCUUGGUCCCAUUGCAGAGCCCCCUGGAAAAUAUCACACAGAGGUCGCAGCAGCCAUGCUCACCCCCAGCAGGUGCAGCCACGAGGGACUCUGUGAUCGUGGACUGUUCCCAUUCCCCUGUGACUCAGUGCACAUCCCUGUCCCUCCUCUCCCCAACCACUCACAGCCUGCCCCUGCUUUCUGGGGGUCUGUGUGGGACUAAGACAAGGUAUCCUGAGAGAUCCCUGCCAGAAGAAGACUGGAGGGCACAAAGAGAGGGGCUUGAGGGCACUUUCUUUUCUGUGGGAGCCAACGAGAGGGUCAGCAGUCCAGAUCAAGGAGCUUUUGUAUCAAGGUCCUCCCUCAAUUAUAAUGUCCGGAAGAUUGAUCCAGGACUGGAGCCAGCAGGAGAAAGCAACGUACACUGUGCUGAAAUGGAUAAAGUGAGGGCCUUGAGUCCUUCUCACUCUCACGAUGAAUCCUCUCCCCACCACCCUCCAAAGAGGGAAGGAGGGAAGGACAGCAGUGUUGAGCAGGAAAUGCAGAGCCAUACUGAGGGUGCUACCUUGCCUUAUGAGCACCGGAAAUCCACAGAAAGGGGUAAAGAUAAACAGAGAGAGAGCAAGACCAGAGACAGUACCGGUAGCCCUCUACUGUCCCCAGAGUUUGAGAAAGAGUGUGUUAGGGCACGCUCGAGAAAGAGCGACAAAUGCCUUUACAGCAGUAGCCCCAGUUACGGGUCCCCUUUAACUCUUCUAGAAAAUGAAAGCGACAGUGACCAGUCAAAUUACUCUGUUGCCAGAAUGUCAGACUCUCUGAAACCUAGGUUGGUGAUGCAGCCUUCCAAAAUAUCUCUUCUGCAGACAAGUGCAAUUCUUGAGUAUUUGAGUCUUCCUGGGUUCAUUGAGAUGAGUGUGGAUGAACCCGUUGAUGAAGCCGCAGACCCGGCCUGGCCAAGCAUAGAUGAGAGGUCUGAAAACCUUUUGCAAGGUGAGCUUGAUAUGGUUUCAAAAGACUGGGAAACUCAAGAUUCUGAAACAAAAUCAAGUCCCAAAAAUGCUGAAGACAGACCUCUAGGUAGCCAGAGUGCAGAUUCAGGGCCAAGUGAAGGGCUAGAGUGUAGACAUUCCUCAGUGUUGGAUACAAGAGAAAGAGGCUUGAAGGUUAGGGCUUCAAACAAAAACAUCAAACGAUCACUGAGAUCAGAAAGUGAAACAGAACAGAGUUACCAUUUGGAAUUGCAACCACUACUCCCCGACAAGACUCCAUCAUCAGGUUUAGAGGCACAGCUUGCAAGAACAGACCUCAGUCAGACAUUAGUCCAUACUGCUAAGGAUGUGGCCGAUGUCCUGUCCAGAGCUCCUGAAUGUUUUACAAGUAGACAGGAGCCUGCCUUGGAACAAUCCCAAAGACUUGAUACUCAGGGCAAUAGGACUAACAGAAUAUCUUCUAGGAUCUACCAGGCUCCUAUGCCUUUCAUGAAGAAGUCAUUAAGUUUGGGUCCAAGUGGAACCCUCUCUGUCAUGGGACCUCCAAGACCUCACCUAAAGAAGUCCAUUAGCUUAGGGUCACAGAGAUGGGAGCAUUAUGAGAGCCCCAGGAAUUAUGUCUCUGAAAAGUGUUAUCGGGAUGAAUUCCCAAACCCAGAUGUCCGGAUCAAGUCUUUUAGCUUAGGUCGGACCUCAGCAUAUCCCUUCUCCUCUAGACCAGGCCCCUUCUGGCGAGGAUCAGCCACCUUUCGACCACAGAGUACCAGAAGCCUCGAGAGUCCUCCUUGUCCAGAGAGGUCUUCAGUCACUCCACCUCGUCUCGCACCUUUACCUCCACCUAUGGAGCCCCUGAGGCACCCAGAAGCCUCAGCUUCCACAAGGCGACAAUCUUCAGACCCUCGUCGGCAGGCUACUGCUUUCCCUGACUCAUCCAGGUGGCCCAUGACCUACCAGGAGGCUCUGAGGUCCGUGCAGCAUAAGUCAGCCCCCCGUGACCCCUCCCAGUUUCAGGUCUUCCCCAGACAAUUGAUGAGGGUGGAGUACCCAAGACCUCUCGAAUCCAAGCGGGGCCCACCACGAGCCUUCUUACCCCGGGGCUACAGUUGGCCCUCACCCUACCACUCCCCAUUCCCUCCCCGGGAACCGGAAGGCGGAGGACAGAGGGAGAGGGAGUCAGGAAAGGGGGCUGAGGUGGAGAUCAGGGACUGCAGGGAUGGGAAAGAGGGCAGGGCCAGUUAUGCUAGUCAGAGCAGUGGCAGGGGCAGUGUGGGGCCCUCGUACACUCACGCCUUCCUUCGCCAGUCCCUCUCUCUCACCCCUACCCUCCCCAGCUCCCCAGAGACCACUGAAGAAUCAGAAAUGCACAAAGCCGAAAUGGAGCUGCAAAGCAGGAGACUAGCCAAAAGGAGAAACACAUCAGUUGAUGAGAGCUAUGAAUGGGAUGCAACUGAUCUUGCUGUGGAGUCAGAAUUCCUGGAGGCCACAAAAACAGAUUAUGCCCAGGAGGGUGUAGGAAAGGGUAGAGGGGAGCGGAGAUAUCGCCCUUGCUCUACUGCUGGCCUCCGGGACCCUCGUAGCAAAGGCCUGUUCCCCUCGGUCAGUCCACCUUUGUCCACCCCCCCACGUGGCCUGUACGCUCGCUCGCUCAGUGAGGCGCGAUUUAAUGCCCUCCGCCAGGAGUAUCAGGAGUACCGUCGUACCCAGGAGUCCAUCUGUUCCCGAGAUCCUUGCCUCUCCCCUGACCCUGACCUCGACCCCAACACCGCACUGCUCUGACAGCCAAAAUGUUCUGGUCCGUUUGUCCUUCUGUCAUUCCAUGCCACCUCAGUCUCAGCCUAAAUUUGUCUACUUCUGUCUACCAUCACUGUUUCAUGAUUUCUGUGUCCUGACGCAACCCUAUUUUCAGUAUUUUUGUGUUGCUUUAUUUGUCAUUUUGACCAUCUUCUUUGUAUUUACAGUUUUACAGUGUCUCUCUGUCCUUCCAACUACCUCACCUUUUAUCUGCUAUGCCUUAGCUUAAGUGAUAAGUGAUUUAUAAUACUGAAUCCGAGAUGCAUUGAUUUAAAUUCACACUGCAAAAGAUAACAACCAACACCAGAUUAAUCACAUUUUUCUAUUUCUUAUUUCUGUUCUGCUGCAGAACCUUCCAAAGGAGGGGCCAAAUAGUAUCUGAUUCAUCUGUGCACAAGAGAAAACUUUCAGGAUGCAAAGUGAUUGGACGUUAGUUGACCAUGAAGGCUGUUGAUUGAACAGUUCAAAGCCAGUGUGCUAGAUGACAACACUGGAGAAUUAUUGGACAGCAUGGGAUUUCAGUCCAUAUUCACCUAAGACUGAAACUGAAUUUCCUCCAGAACUCUGACGGAGAACUGAUAGCACAACCAAAAGAAAUCUGCAGGAUUUCAUAAAUAUACAAUCUCCAAUGAGUAAUGUUACAAGGAAGGGAAAUGAAUUCACUGAUUGUCGUUUGAUCCAUUUCAAGUUGGCAGGCAUCUGGGGUUGGUUCUUCUUGAAGCCCAUAUAACAAGCUGAAUACCUCUAGGUUAUCCUGAUUUCAGUCCUUUAGAUGGGUGAAUAUAGAUUUAUAUUUCUGUUUCAUCUGUAUUUAUCAGUACCAGCUUUCUUCUGUGCAAGCUUUCACAGAAGGUCAGUGGAAUUCAGUAUUUUAUGACUCACAGUAAAUGGAACUGGACGGUAUUUAUAAUUAGACCAACACAAGACAAAAGGCUUAGUAAACAGUCUGUCAGGUAGGUCCUUUGCUUGGUUAGUUCAUGUUUGCAGAAACACUAUUAUAUCUGAAGGACUGUUAUGUGCUUCCCUGUGGUCUCAGAGCCCUGUAUAAUCACCAUCAAUUUUAAGUACAGGCAGACUGCUGUUGCAGGAGUCUAGAGCUAUCAGUGAUCUGGGGCCUGUGGUACCAGAUGAAAUAAGAAUAGCUUGCCUGUUUUGGGAUUGAGUACAGUGGUGGUUCUGAAGAGGACAGUGAGUUAGAAGCAUAUGAAACAAAGGAAAGUUUCUUAAGGAAAAAAGCCAAAUCCAUAGAAAAUAGGCCUUUACCAGAAGCUUUCCCAGACUGGUCAGACAAUCAAACAGUAAAGCCCCCUCUUCAAAGAUACAACUGGAAAAGCAAGAUGAUAAACUUUAUUCUCGAUAUCUCUCAAUUUUCUAAAAAAAAACCAUGCUCCUUUAGAUUAAGUUGUAGGCAUACGUUAGUUCUGGACAGUGUUUAUGACCAGGCUCAAGCCCUAUUGGUUUUAACCGUGAUUCACAGGAGAGCUUUAAUGGGGUAACAAGCCAUAACAGGUCCAGGUAACCAAUCAUUUGUUUUGUUUAUAGAAAAUCUUGUAUAUUUUUUAAUUGUUUUUUUUUCCAUUGUUUUAUAUAUUUUGUAGCAUUUUAUGAAAUAACCAUAUUUUAUUUGUAGAACUUCUCAGUGCUCUUUCACAAAUUGGAUCAAAACACGCAACAUGGACACAUAAUGAGAACAUAAUUGUUUUUGUUUGGUUAUGCAUCUCCUGUAAAAAAAAAAAAAAAAGCUGAAAAAUUGUGUAUAAAAAUAUGUAUAAUAUUUGGAGCCAGCUGCAGAGGAGGAAUAUAUGUGAAGGUAGAAUUCAAGAAGUUGUGGCAUUUCUCUACUGGGAAAGAUAAAUCUUUCUUCAUGCUCUGUUGUCAGUAGAAGUGUCCACAGGGCAGACAGUGAGUUAACUGCAUAUGCUGGGUGUUGAGCACCUUAAUCACCUGACCAUAUUGAAGAAGCUUAAUACCAUAUAUAUUAUUAGUUCAGAUAGCUUGGAUAGCAGCUCAUGGCAAUUUGGAUACCACUUGUAAGUUAAGCCUUUGUGUUAAAAACAUCUUUAUCUGUUUUUAAAGGCAUAUAUUUUCACAUUUUAAAACUGUUAUGAAGUAGAAGUAUAUUGGCAUUUGGUGAAGGUUCUUAGGAAAAAUCUAUUUCAAUCAAUAGAUUUUUCAAUCAAAUCAAUUUCAAAAUUUUGUACCCUAUCAAACUGAAUGAACAACUGAAAGACACCCAUUUAAUCCAGCAUAUUCGCCUGCAUAUCCACAUCCAGUCUUUCGAUGAUAUCAUUCAGAUAGUCAGACUCUUGUGUACAGAUGUCUAAAACAGGCUUCAGAUUUAUGAUGUUGUUUUGCUUUGUCUGUUUUGUGGGCAAUUGUUAACAUCUGUCUUACUUUUCAUUGGAUGCUUUGUCAUGAGGCUUUGUUUCUGCUACACCAGAAAUACAUAAGUUUUUCAAUUUUUCAUUUUUUCAACACUCAAAGAUGUCAUAAUUGUAUAUUCCAUUGAUGACAGAUUAAGUUUGUAUUUUUAAUCGGACCAUAGCCCAGUGCCUAAUGCAGUUUUGCACCUUUGCUCAAAAGAUGGAUUGACACUAAUGGGAGGAAAAAUAUCACCAAGUCUAGUAUACACACAUUACCUUCAAUCAUAAUUUCAAUGAAACAAAAAAUAUGCCAUUUCUUGAAUUUAAUAAACAUUUUGAAAUAAGCAUUAUACUUUCAUAAUGAUUAGGUCAUGUUUUUGAAUCACCAUUAUAUUCAUUCACAUUGUUGCAGUUAACAUGUUGAUGCGCAAAGAUGAUGUAUAAGUGCACUACAUAAGUGUCCUUCAUCAGUGUUAAAAUGUGUGAAUAGACACCUCAGUGCUGGUAAAUUGUACUUCUCUGUUGGCUCUUGGCAGUGUCUGUUAUGUGCUUGAAUUUCUCUUGUAAGGAUUGUUUGCUUCUUGAAGCAAAGGCCCAUUUUUAGAUUUUGUACAGUUAAAGCCAAUUGAAGUUGCAUUGUUUUUCAUUUUUUGAAAGAAUGAAAAGGUCAGAUUUUUACAUUUUUUAAAGACAAAAAGAAAUAAAAGGAGAGAACAGAAACCUUAUCUUAUAUUUAAGAUGUUGCUGUAAAUUUUUUUAUUGAAUUUAGAAUGUCAUCUUUUUGAGAACUUUUUCAGGUUUUGUACAAAUUUGGAAGAAAAAUUUAUGUCCAGUCGUUAUGUUGCUGUUUUUAAUGUUGUAAAUGUUAUUUUUAUAUGUUUGUUUGUAAAAGAUUGAAUAAAUUGCAUUUAAAUGGA